UGCAUGAGAGAGAGAGAGGGGAGAAUCAGGAAGGAUUGCGGCAGCGAUGGCUUUGGGCAGGUACGCGAGCUGGCUGCGCUCAGACGGAGGAGAGCAGAGCUGCACUGAGCACGCUCCGUUUAAUGGCACUCGGGCUGCUAUGGAAACUAAUGAUGUGAGCCGAGAUCCGGAUCAUGAACGCCGCCAGGCAGUUGUGUGUGUCCGAGGGUGAUGCAGAGCAUGUGUGUGAGCUGUGGCUUGGCGACCCCACCCGAGCACUGGUGACGGGGGUCAUGGGACUGCUGCUGCCCCCUAUCCGUCUCUCAGUCCACCACGCUGCCUCCGUAGGCCCCAGGGUCCUACACUCCCCAAGGUGGUGAUUUUCGGUCUUGCGUCUGAGGAUAAUGUCUGAGUCUUCUCUGGACACCAGAAGUUGUGAUGUUAUGAAGGUUCUGGAGAGUGACGGACCACACCCGGCCGGCUCGCCUGCGACACAUGAGCUCCAACACACGCCCAAGAACAACGGCACACACACCCUCCACCAGGAGUGUGUCACAGACCAAAGCUCCUCCCAUCAAACUCAGCUCAGCCAAUCCACAACGAGUAUUAAACGUUCCAAGUCCAACGGCAAGUUAAAGUUAGUACGCAGCUUGGCGGUGUGCGAGGAGCCAUCUCCACCCCUGCUCGGAGAUCUGCUGCAUGAACAGGAAAAGAUUCAUAUCGAGCUCUGCCAGUCUUUUGAAAAAGAUGAAACACCCAUCAAAAAUGAGGACAGUGAGAAAAUCUUGGAAAAGACAGAGAAAACAGACCGACUGUCCAAGAAGACACUCUCUCGAGAUCCCAGUCAGGAAUACACAGACUCCACGGGUAUAGACCUCCAUGAGUUUCUGGUCAACACGUUGAAGAACAACCCCAGGGACAGAAUGAUGCUGCUGAAACUUGAGCAAGAUAUUUUGGACUUCAUUAGUAACAUCGAAAGUCAGAGGAGGAAGUUCCCCCCGAUGACGUCAUAUCACAGGAUGCUUCUCCACCGUGUGGCGGCAUAUUUUGGAUUGGACCAUAACGUCGAUCCAACUGGGAAAUCAGUAAUCAUCAACAAAACCAGCAAUACCAGAAUACCGGAUCAAAAGUUUUCUGAGCACAUUCGAGAUGAUAAAACAGACGAUUUCCAAAAGCGGUACAUAUUAAAGAGAGAUAACGCAAGCCUGGACCACGAUGAUGGCAGGCUGCGAAUGCGUCUUAAGGACGACAGACGGAGUAAAUCGAUAGAGGAGAGAGAGGAGGAGUACCAGCGAGCCAGAGACAGGAUCUUUGCUCAAGACGGGCAAGAACAGUUCCUGUUUGAUAAAAGAAUCCAAGAGGACGUGACUUUCAUUAACACUCAACAAAGACGGCAAAUAUUUAGACUGAGAGAUGGGCACUCUGAAAACAGUCAUCAGAGCAGCUCUGAGAAUGAAAUGAAGUAUUCGGACCCUCGGCCAUGGAGCAGCACAGAUUCUGACAGUUCCCAUAGGAACCUGAAGCCCGCCAUGACCAAAGCCAACAGCUUCAAUGGCAUCAGUCUGCUGAUACGAGGGGACAGCACCGCUAGCAGCAAGAGCACGGGGAAACUGUCCAAAAACGGUUCUGACUCCUCUUGUAGCGUAGGUUCGUCCUCUGGGUCACUCUCUCGGCCUGCUCAGCUGUCGUUACCUGCCCCUGUUCUACCCCAGCCUAGUCAGGUCUUUACAAUGGCCCCUGCGGUGCCUCUUCCAGCUGCGCCCAUCGGCGGCAACACACCCACCCCAGCUCCUCAGAGCUUGACUACUAACUCAAACAUUAAUACUAAUGCUAGCUUCUACAUUGUUCCUCUGGAUACCACCGCCAUUCCACCAGGCAGUGUGCUACUCAAUCCGCAAACAGGUCAACCUUUUGUUAACCCAGAUGGCAGCCCGGUGGUCUACAACCCUGCCAUGACGUCCCAACAGGGGCAUGGCCAACAGCCCAUGAGUCUUCAUCCUCCCCCUCCACCUCAGCCUCUUCCACCUCCCCCUCAACCACAGCCAGCCAAUCACCUUCUUGCACAGUCGUCUGUGCAGCCAGUGCAGUUUGCUGCGGUCUCUUGUCCUCAUCUCCUUCCUGGUGCUUUCUCUCAGCAAUACACUGUGCAACAGGAUGGUUUAAGCAACCAGUUUGGCCAGAUGAAUCUAGUUCGGCAGCCAUCUGGUGAUGCUCCAGACCUCCACACGGGCCUCUACCCACAAUCCUUGGUCCUCCAGAAUGCUCCGCCAACCGGAUACAUGCUCUCACCACCAGGGCAGCCCAUGAGUGGCCACGCCUACCCCCCACCCACACAUGUCAAUCAACCAGUCCUUCAGCCGCAUGGAUACAUUCAGCAACCCGUACAACAGGUGUCUGCGUGUUAUUGUGCUCCGGGACAGUACUCUCACUCAACGCAACACUAUAGAGCAGUGACGCCAGUACACUACAGCGCCCCCCAGAGUCAGCCGAUGCCACCACAACAGACAGGUUUUCAGGCAGUCAUGUCCGGUCAACCCCCCAGCUACCAGACCAUGAUGGGAGUUCAACAGUCUCAGAACCAAUCACUGGUCAGCCCUCAGAGCGGGAUGGCCAAUCAGAUUCAGAGUGUGAUGGUGCAGUACCCCACCAUGUCUCCUUAUCAAGUGUCUGUGCAGCAGGGUUCUCAGAGCGUUCCGCAGGCAGCCUAUCAACAACAGAUUGUGCUGCAGGGACAGACCAAUCAGACGCCAGCACCCUCCACCAGCAUGCAGGUGUAUUACAGCAUGUUGCCGCCAACGCAACAUUCUACCAUCAGUUCUACUGUUGGCUUUCUCCCCCCGCCGGGUUCAGAGCAGAUGUCGUUUCCCCGAGCACCCUCCCCCUGUGGCUCUCAGCCAAUCUCAGGCCAGCAGUGCACAGGUGUUCCUCCCCGCCCUGCUGGUGGAGUGGUGAUGAUGCAAUUGAGCAUUCCUCCCAGCCAGCAGCCGCGAGCUCCAUCACCACCACAGUGGAAACCAAACCGAUACUAUAAACCCAACGGACUCCCCCCGCAGGACAACACCCAAAAUAAUCCUAAGCAGUUGGUUAGCCCCUCCCUCUCUCCGGCUCAGUCACCUGCUCCUGCCCAUCUAGCCAAUCUAAAGGGUCCUCGUCCUGGCCCCGCCCGCUUUCCUAUCAUGCACCAGUUCCGCCCUUUCGCUCCAGGCCAAGGUGAUGGCAGGUAUCCUCCUCUGAUUGGACAGCCCCUGCAGUAUAACCAUCCCAUCAGACCCCCACUAAUGCACGGCUCUCAUAUGGUCAACAACCAUUAUCAUCAUCUUCAUCACCACCAGGGUCCUGUGGGUGUCCGGCACGGUGGCCGCGGUCGAAGACCCCCAAAGAAAUCCCUGUCUACUGACAUGAGCACAAGAGAAACGGACACAGGUCGUGUUUUGGAGGUGACAGAUCUUCCGGCUGGCAUUAGUCGAGUGGAAGCGGACUCUUUACUGGCAGAACUCGGCAAAGUUGGCGCUCUCAUAAAAUGGCUGCCCGAACCUCCGUCCCCCAGCCAAUCAGAGAGCCGUGGCGAGGGAGAGGACUCAACAAACUCUGACCCUCCCAAACCCCCCAAUCCUCAUGACCUGGCGUCCACGUACACAAUCCUGGCCUUGUUCCCUUCGAAAUACGCAGCGCAGAGCGCACUUCAAAAACUCAACAGCUCCAUCACCAAAUUCAAACUAAGAACUAGCAAGGGACAUAACGAACGGCACACGCUCGCCAGAUCCAGCUCUCAGUGAGGCCACGCCCCCUGUUCCCUCUCUCCACCAAUCACCUCCAUUGACUCUGGCUCACUUCCUGCCAUUUUAGUCACACCUUCCUGGUUUUGUUUCUUUUUGUUUGUUUGUUUGAUUGGUUUUGUGCACCACUAUGGCUUAAUCCAAACGGGUUUGUUCUUUUCGAAUGGGGUUUUCACGCUAGUUUGUUUAAAAAAAAAAAAAAAAAAGAAAUUGCGUAAAUCUGGAAUGUUAUAGUUGAAUUGUUCUUUCACAGUUUUGAACGAAUGUAUCUAGCUUUGUUAUUUAAAUGAAACCAAAACAAAGGCAAACAAAACAUGUUUGGCAUUUUUUUUUUUUCUUCUGUUCAUUUGGAAAUAGAACAGGAACUAAAGUAAACCAGAGCAUGUUGUUUGGUUAUUUUAAUUCACGAUCAACAAUGUCAAUAGUAGUUACAAGGUCACACAGCAACAAUACAUACUCUGCUUUUGC